AUACUAUGAUGUGAUGUUAUGUCACCACCUUAUUUUGGCAUUUUCCAACUGCAUAGCUAUCCUAUUUUCACCCACCCUCCAAACCUUGCUUUUACUCACUCUUCAUCUCCAAUUCUUUGUCUCUAAACUCACACUUCACAAAGAGAGAGAUGGGAGAAGAAACAAAAUCAGUGAAUUGGAAAGAUGAAUCAACAGCAGCAGCCACAGUUUUGUCUGCUGAAGAAAAAGCAGAUGAUAGUGAAAAACCAAUCACCCAAUUUUCAUUGCAGGAUUCUCAAUCAUUAAUCUCUAAUCCACCUCCCACUUCUUUAAAUGUUGUUGGGAAAGCUGCAGGCCUGCCCAAGGACAGGGAUGCCGUGCUUGCAAAAGUGGAGAUUGAGAAGAAAUUAUCUCUUAUCAAAGCAUGGGAAGAAAAUGAGAAAACAAAAGCUGAAAACAAGGCACAUAAAAAGUUAUCAGCCAUAGAUGCUUGGGAGAAUACCAAAAGAGCAGCUGUGGAAGCAGAAUUGCAGCAGAUUGAGGAAAAGUUUGAGAAAAAGAAGGCAGAAUAUGCAGAGAAGAUGAAGAAUAAGGAGGCUUUAAUUCAUAAGGCAGCUGAGGAAAAGAGAGCGAUGAUUGAAGAAAAUCGCGGCAAAGAAUUUUUGAACGCAGAGGAAAUGGCUGCCAAAUAUCGAACCACAGCCACCAUACCCAAGAAAUCGUGUGCAUGCUUUAGUUUCUAAUUCUACUUUCUCAUCCAUUGCACUUUUCUCUUCAUUGCUUCAGCUUUUGGUUGUUUAAUUUCUGCUUUGUUUGUUAUUACAGUAUGAUAUAUUUGGACCACUCUGUAUAAAUCAUAUCUCAAUCACUUUUUCA